CGUCAAAAUCGCAAGUCCUACCGUACCUCGUACCGUACCGUACGGUACGGUACUCGUGCUCGUAGCUACCGUACGAGCACGACUUUUCUUUCGUUAGCUUUCGUAAUGGAAGUGCUGAGCAGAACAAACAAAUCAAACGCAAAACUUGAMCCGCUAGACGUCUUCCAAGAAGGAAUCCAAUCCAAUAGAAGCUWCGGAACGGAUUUUCUCGAUAACCAAGAAGCGAUCCUUCCAUAUCAAUCGAAAAAAAAAGGACUACACGAGUCAGCAAACAAGCAUGUCGAAAGAUCAGCACGAUGAGCUCCUCGACAAGAUGGACGAGACUCGUAAAAAAUGGGCGGCAGAGGCCGCCGAAGCCGGCGAAGAACCCGAUGAUGGCGAUCGAUUGCUGCAGGAAGCCAUCGACAUGGCGAUCGCCAACGGAAGGGGAUGGGCCCCCGGCGAAAAGGAGGAAUACAUGAAAAAGAUUCUSGACGACGACUACAUCCCGCCCAUGUUUUGCUCGACGCAGGAAGAGCUCGAGAGAACKGGCCUGGCCGAUGCCUUCGGGGCCCUGCAGYACGACGACGAUCCGGCCAUUACCAUGAGGGCCUGCAAGCAGAAGGGGACGAACGCCUUUUUGGACGGGAAACGAAACGUGGCCAAGAACAUACAGUACUAUCGGGAUGCGAUCAACCACUACUACGAGGCAGUGGCAUGGGCCGGCAAAAUAGAACCCAUCGAGCACCGCGUCGCACACUCGCGGGAAAAGARCGGAAACGGAAGGGUGACGACCGACGACGAAGGAGAAAGCAAAACAAACMAACAGCAGCAGCGAGAGGAYACCUUCGAAGAAUUCACCGAGGCCGAGCUAGACGAAUUCAGAUCGACCCUUUAUUCGAACGCCGCUCUUUGCCACAUACUUCUCAAGAACUGGGGACACGCCAAAACGGAUUCGACCAAGGCCGUUGCCUUUAACAAGGCCAACAUCAAGGCCCUGUUUCGGCUGGCUAAGGCCAACCAGAUGUUGAAGGACUGGGAACCGGCCGGGGAGGCCAUCGAUUCCGGCCUCGACCUGGACCCRGAGAACAAGGACCUGCUCAAGCUGAAGAAGCUCUGCGGCGACAAGAUCAGGGCCGCCCGCUUGGCCCGGCAGAAACGCGAGCGGAUCCGCAGCGAGCGCGCCUCGGCCAUCAAGGCCGUGUGGAAGCACUGCAAGUCMGAGGGCAUCAAACUGGGGCGGAUCGCCCUGGUGGCCAGCACGACGGACAACCUGGAAUACGACGAGGACCUGCUGCUCGACGACGAUCGAGACGAGGACGCGGACGCCUUUGAAUCACGRUGGCACCACCACUUUCCCCACACCGGGGCCCUGCCGUCGCCGGACGGCGGGAUCAACGGCUCGAACCAGCUGUGGACCUGGCCGUGCCUGUUUUUGUACCCCAGCCACUCCCAGUCGGAUUUCGUAAAGUGCUUCCACGAGCAGGAACUGCUGGCCGAGCGCAUGGCCGAGCUCUACCCCGAGGUCGAAGAAGGCCAGGACACGGCCAUGCAGUGGGACUACAAAAACGAGUUUACAUGCAGCAACCUGGCCGUCUACUUCGAGGUGAACUGCCCCCCCGAGGCCUACGAAACCAACGCCGUCCUCCACCCCGAUCAGGUCGAGCCACUCCAGACCCAGGCGGCUACCAUGAAAUUCUWCGAAGCCUCCCGGGCACUMAAGGGAGACGAGGGCCCCGACCUGAUGCGGGUCGCCGAGCUCGUCGAGCGCAAGCGGCUCCGCAAGCAGCGCACCGCCUGGAAGAAGCGGCACAAAACCCUCGCGGCGAGGCCCGAUCCAAGUCCCUGCGUCCGGGUGCACCCGGCCAUGCCCCUGGAGGCGAUUCUACGGGACGACCGGAUGGUCGUGGCGAACUUUCUGGUAACCCUCGUUGUGAUUCCGGAAGACCACCCGGCCCACAAAGCCUACCUGAAGGAACACAAGUGCCUGGGGGUGCUGCAGCCCGACCAGUGAUCGGGAAAACGGGCGGGCGUGGCCGGGGCACACCGCGGAUCUUCCGUCGGAUCCAUGGUGAAAUCAUAUAUAAAAGACCCUAGAAAUGCCUAUUGCAGAAAAUAAGCACACGUGCUGCUUCUCCCGCUACUACCAGGGGACAAUCCACCCAAAGCGCAAAGGAAUUCAUCCACACAUCAAGGAAAUACAUUAUUUGCCCACAA